AUGGAGCAGCCUGAGGACAUGGCGUCGCUGAGCGAGUUCGACUCCUUGGCGGGCAGCAUCCCGGCCACCAAGGUGGAGAUCACCGUGUCCUGCAGGAACCUUUUGGACAAAGACAUGUUUUCCAAGUCCGACCCACUAUGUGUCAUGUAUACUCAAGGGAUGGAGAACAAGCAGUGGCGGGAGUUUGGACGCACUGAAGUCAUUGACAACACACUCAAUCCUGACUUUGUGCGCAAAUUCAUCGUGGAUUACUUCUUUGAGGAGAAGCAGAACCUCCGUUUUGACUUAUACGACGUCGACUCGAAGAGCCCUGAUUUAUCCAAACACGAUUUUCUGGGCCAAGCCUUCUGCACCCUCGGAGAGAUUGUGGGGUCCCCUGGGAGCCGCCUGGAGAAGCCCCUCACAGAAGAGAGCUCCUGGCCAUUCAUGCAGCAACUCAGUGAGGGGGGCAACCAGGACCUGAAGUCGGCCCACCCGAAGAAUCCCUUCCAGGAGGGCGAGUUCCCAGGUUGCAAAGCUGAGAAAAUCCGGCCCCACCCCUCAGGCCAGCCUCGGGAGCAGCAGCACGCUGUCGGCAGAACCCACUUUGAGAACCACUGA